AAUUUCCCCACAGUGUUUUCUCCCCAAAGAUAAAACAUUUAUGCGUUUUAGUAAUUUUUUUCUAAGCGGCUGAAAUAGAAGUUUUCCUUUUUCCUUUUUCCAGCGUGUUACCCGUUCCCAAGAGGAACUUCGGGAGGAUAAAGUUUACCAGGUAGAGCGGCAUCGGAUCGAGGCAGUCUUGGAUCGCAAGUCUGAUAGUGAUAUGUGGAUCCAUCAGAGCUCCUCCGUGGGCUCCAGCACCUCCAGCCAAGAGCACCUGGACCACUCCUCCAAGUCAGGCACCCCCGCGUCCACUCUGACCAAAAGCGGCCCUGGGCGCUGGAAGACGCCAGCCGCCGUGCAGCCCGUGACGGUGGCCGUCUCCCAGCCUGUGCAGACAGACCUGCCCCCGCCGCCCCCGCCGCCCCCCACGCACUACGCUGGAGACUUCGACGGAAUGCCCAUGGACUUGCCUCUCCCUCCGCCUCCUGCUGGCCAGACCGGACCUGCAUCUGCUCAGGCAGCGGCUGCAGAGCGGAGGAAGCGGGAGGAGCACCAGCGGUGGUAUGAGAAGGAGAAGGCCCGUCUAGAAGAGGAGCGGGACAGGAAGCGCAGGGAGCAGGAGCGGAAGCUGGGCCAGAUGCGCUCCCAGUCCCUGAACCCGGCCCCGUUUUCUCCUGUGACCGUCCCACACGUGAAGCCAGAAAAGCCUUCUACGCUCCAGAGGCCCCAAGAGACGGUCAUUCGGGAGCUGCAGCCCCAGCAGCAGCCCCGCACGAUCGAGCGCAGAGACCUGCAGUACAUUACAGUCAGCCAAGAGGAGCUGUCGUCCGGAGACAGUCUGUCCCCAGACCCAUGGAAGCGGGAUGCCCGGGAGAAGCUGGAGAAGCAACAGCAGAUGCACAUUGUGGAUAUGUUGAGCAGGGAGAUCCAAGAGCUCCAGAACAAGCCUGAGCGCAGUGCAGAGGAGAACGACCGUCUGCGGAAACUCAUGCUGGAAUGGCAGUUCCAGAAGAGACUCCAGGAGUCCAAACAGAAGGACGAGGAUGACGAGGAAGAGGAGGACGAUGACGUGGAUACCAUGCUGAUCAUGCAGCGCCUCGAGGCUGAGCGGAGAGCAAGGCAGACUGCUCUGCCAGCAAUCUCUGUUCUAGAUUUGUUACAGGAUGAGGAGCGGAGGCGUCAGCAGCAGCUGGAGGAGAUGCGCAGGCGGGAAGCAGAAGAUCGCGCCAGGCAGGAAGAGGAGCGGCGUCGCCAGGACGAGGAGAGAGCGAAGCGAGAUGCUGAAGAAAAGAGGCGACAGGAAGAAGGGUAUUACAGCCGCCUGGAAGCCGAGAGGCGCAGACAGCACGCAGAGGCCGAGCGCAGGUUGCUGGAGCCGGAGGAGCCGGGUCUGUGCAGACCCCCGCUUCCACGGGGCUACGAGCUCCCAUCCCCGUCCCCUCCGGCCGCUGCUCCUCCUCCCCCACCUCAGCGGACCGCCUCCUCCCUCCAGGCCCAGACCCUGUCCCCAGACUCUCUGUACACCGCCAGGCUCGUCUCGUACCACGAGGGAGAGGAGGAGGAGGAGGACUGCAGUCUGGCAGGACCAAACUCUUACAUGGGAUCGGCUGGGACAGCUGUUGGUGCCCAUGAUGCUUAUCGGGAUCCGAGAGAGAGACCGUCUAAAAGCCACGAUGCCGAUGUACCUGGAAGUUCAGGAGCCCCUGAAAACUUGACAUUCAAAGAGCGUCAGCGUCUGUUUUCACAAGGUCAAGAUGUGUCCAACAAAGUAAAAGCCUCUCGUAAAUUAACAGAACUGGAAAAUGAGCUGAACACAAAAUGAGACGGGGCCAAGGUGCCCGUGCGCCCCAGGGGCCUGUCGGCGCGUCUCUGGAGGACGGGCUCGGGGCGGGGGCCGCGCGCAGCGUGUCCGCGUCCCAGAAGCACGGUUGCUGAGACGGCCGGGAUCCAGAGAUGGUCCCGUUCCAAGACGCUCUUUUCAUUCACCAGGAGAUGAUCACUUAUACAACGUAAACACUGUCUAAUUUCUUAAUCUGACUCACAUGAAGAUACGUUUUUUGUUUCUUUUUUUAGCGUCUGAGUGGCAGAGGGGAGAACGCAAGGCAGGAGAGCACGGUGGGGACACGUCUUCGGCCUCGCCCGGCGCGGUGCAGAGAGGCCGUGUGUGUUCUGGGUUGCCGACGGUGCUGUGGCGACCAGGCAGGGAACUGCCUGACCUGCCCAGACCUUGUUUGUGCUAUUGAGUAGCAGCUGCAGACCGUGUCCCCCGAGGGCGAGGUGUCCCCUUCCAGGAGAGAGAACACCUGAGCGUACCCCGCAUGGGGGCUCAGUGCAGAGCCUGCCCCCCCGCCUUGCUCACUUGUCUCCCCCCCCGGGGAGGGGGGACCCAAGGCAGCUCAGACCCACGCGGCCCAGAAGGGAGGUGGUGCCUAUCAGGACCCUGCCCCCUCUGCUUCCAUCCAGGGACAGCCCUCCUGCUAUAUUCUAAAUAGGUAAUUUAAGAAAAAAAUUCUCCAAGAAGAAAAUUUUGAGGAUUUAAGCUUAGGAUAUUUUAUUUUUAUAAAUGCCAGAUUAUUGUUAGACUAAUAAAUCAUUGGUGAUUUUGAAGAUGGCAGUUCAGUUAGGGAGUUCACUAAGUAUCUUGACUAUUCAAGAGAAUCUAUAAAAGAGGAUCUGUUUAGCUGGGCUGUGUUGAUGUGGAGAGACGCGGAAGUAUGAGAGGGAUGGGAGGUUAGUAGUGACGCUUGACACGGCUGGGGCUCAGGGAUUCUACCUUCGAGGAAGGACCAGUUCCAUCCGCGUGUUGUCUGGGAAGGAAGGCUCGGUGACUAACAAUGUCACACAGCCUCGGACUGCAGUUUAAGCGAUUUUCUUACAUCGAAUAGAGUUACUUAAUUUUCAUUUUUGAGUCAUUGGGCAUCGCAGUUGUUUCUUCAGCUGUGACCGUGUGGCUGAUGCUGGGGAGAUGGAUCUCAUGUCGAUUUCUACUGUGUGCCGUGGAAGUGCUAACUUACUUUGUGAUUAUGAGCAAAUUUUCUACUUGACAAAACCCUGCUGUGGGGUCUCGGUGAUUCUUCUGUACCAGAUUGUUCUCUUACAAAUAUAUAUGUUAGAAAAAUACACACACUUUCAAAUAGAAGAGGGAGAGGCUUUUUAGCCUGAGAAAUCACUUUAAUGAGAGCUGUAUGAUAAAUCAUUGAAAUGCGAGUGUAAAUAUUUUUACGUCUAUCGGGGUUCUUAUUUGGAAGUGUGCUCUCACCGUUCCCCUUGUUUAAGAGAGUCACAUGGUUCUAAGUGUUUAUGAAGGAUGUGGGUGUUUGCUCUGGAGGUUCCAGGAAAAGCAGGCCCCUCCCAGAUAGCUCGAGAACACUGGCCGCCUUAUAGGGACUAAAUUCACACUUUCUUCCAUGAAAAGAUGCAGAUGAAUUACUUUUCUGUUACUAUAUAGAGAAAUAGCAACUACGCGUAAGUACAUGCAAAUACAUGUAAAUACUGACAUGCAGGGGUAUUUGUGUGUGUGGUCAUCAGGCCCGUGGGCAGGUGGGCUGGGCCACCCUUGGGCGAUCAGAUCAAAUGUGAACACAUGCUUUUCAUAACUGCGUCACUGGGGACACCACAACUGCUGUACUUUCCCAUUUCUACUGUACUUCAUUUGCAAUCUAUUUUUAAUAAACUUUGUAUGUAUUUAA